GCGAGAAUCGACCAAUCGACGACGUUGAGCCAACGGACCGCGAAUUGUUCUCUCCUCUCGCUCUCGCAUAGAGAGGGUUAAUGACUCAUAACUAAUGAGGGAGGAGUCGUCGGUCUGUAUUCCCGUGUUGUACAUACAUAUACACAUACGUGAUUCUUGCGGAGGAGGCGACGCUGCUGCUGCUACUGUCUUUUUAUUUCAUCCGUUACACAAAAAAUCCAUUCCUGAACUGACUACGGCAGCGUCUAGUCGAGGAUUAACUCGCCUUUUUGGAGCUCCUCGCGUUACAUUGGAUCAUAAAUGCAGUUGAACGCAUAGGACACCUCAGCACAGUUGAAUGUUCAGAAAGAGAAGCAGCGAACAAUGAUUCCAGGUGCUAACUCCAGUAGAUAGUCAUUUUUAUAAGCGAGGUGGUAAGCCACAUGUGCACAAGUCAGCAUUAUACUUUCUACCGAUAUAGUUCUUUUUAUUACCUAUGACCCUGCAAUUUGUGAAAUUGCCUCUUAAGAUUUUUGAUAUCACUUAUACCUUACAAAACAAAUCUGUCGUCAAAGCGCAGUCUCAGAUGCAAAGGAUUUAAUCGUUUACUCAUCAGUAUUUCAAAAGUGUAUUAGAAAACUUGGCUAAUAAGUCUACUAUUCCAUAAGCAUAAGGAUUUUAGAAAGAAUUGGUGCUUCUAAGCAUCAUCUUUUUACAGUUAUAUAUAUAUAUAUAUCUAAAGCUCAAAGUAAUCAGAAUGUCGUUGAGUGCAAGCGCAGAAAAUCUGCCCACUGAGAACCAGAUCAGUGGUAGUGACACCAACAUGUGCUUAGAACUUGCUUUAGAGGGUGAGCGUCUCUGCAAAGCAGGAGAUUGCAGAGCUGGAGUAGCCUUUUUCCAGGCAGCCAUACAAGCUGGUACAGAUGAUCUGCGAACUCUAAGUGCCAUUUACAGCCAGCUAGGAAAUGCUUACUUUUAUCUUGGUGACUAUGUGAUGGCUAUGCAGUACCACAAGCAUGACUUGACUCUUGCAAGAUCCAUGGGAGACAAGCUAGGGGAGGCAAAAUCCAGCGGUAACCUGGGAAAUACGCUGAAGGUAAUGGGCAAAUUCGACGAAGCGAUGAUCUGCUGCAAACGUCACCUCGAGAUAUCCAGAGAAAUAGGUGACAAGCUUAGCGAGGGCAGAGCACUGUACAACUUGGGAAACGUGUAUCACGCCAAAGGAAAACAAAACGGCCGAGUCGGACACCAGGGCCCUGGUGAAUACUCCGAGGAAGUCAAGGAAUGCUUGCAGCAAGCCGUCAACUAUUACCAAGAGAAUCUGGAGUUGAUGAAGGAACUAAGUGACUCCGCAGCUCAGGGUAGAGCGUGUGGAAACUUGGGUAACACCUACUAUCUACUCGGCGACUUCCAGAAGGCCAUCUUCUACCACAACGAGAGACUGAAAAUAGCCCGGGAAUUCGGAGAAAAAGCAGCCGAGAGAAGGGCCAAUAGUAAUCUUGGAAAUUCACACAUCUUCCUCGGCGAGUUCGAGAAAGCCGCUCAGCACUACAGACGCACACUGGUGCUCGCACAAGAGCUCGGAGAUCAGGCAUUCGAGGCUCAAGCCUGCUACUCUCUGGGAAACACCUACACUCUGCUCCGAGAUUAUUCGGCAGCAGUCGAGUACCACUUGCGACAUCUCCUGAUAGCCCAGCAGCUGAAGGACAGAGUCGGGGAGGGUCGAGCCUGUUGGUCUCUGGGCAACGCUUACUCCGCUAUGGGCAAUCACGAGCAGGCUCUCUAUUACGCCAAACUGCAUCUGCAGAUCUCCAAGGAACUGGGCGACAGCAUGGGCCAGGCUACCGCUCAGAUGAACGUCGCCGACCUCCAGAAGAUGUUGGGCAUCGAGAAGACCGACGACGACAAGAAGAAUCUCCUGAACACCGCGUCCGCCAACAUCGUAGCUUCUUCCCCUGGCAGAUAUAGACUUCGCAGACAGAGCAUGGACAACCUCGACCUCAUCAAGCUCACUCCCGACGGCAAGUCCAAGGAGCCCGAGGAGCCGUUCCGCGCCAGAGCCGGUAUGGCUCCACAGCCAUCUCAGAAGGAAGAAGAGGACGAGGAGAACUUCUUCGAGCUGCUCUCGCGCUUCCAGUCCGGCAGGAUGGACGAUCAACGCUGCGCCCUGCGCACAAACCAGAAGAAAAACAACAACGCGCUCAACCAGAACAAGGCGAGCAAUAAAGACAAGGACGAGGAGGACCUGAUGCAACUGAUCGCUGGGAUGCAGAGCAAACGCAUGGACGAGCAGCGAGUGACUCUGCCCUACCUGCCGGGGCUCAACACCACGAAGAACAAGACGCCGGUCGACUCGUCUAGCCAGUCGCUGGUUGACGACGACUCGUUCCUCGAGAUGCUCGCCAGGUGCCAGAGCUCCAGGCUCGAGGAUCAGCGCAGCUCACUGCCAAACUGCCCUAUACUCAAGGACGACGAGCAGGAGAACAACGAGAACGCAGCGUCCGGGGCUACCGUUCCGGAGGAGGAUCUGUUCGCGCUGAUUCAGAGGCUCCAGGCUGGGCGGAUGGAGGACCAGCGUGCCAAAGGCCCGAACAAGACAUAAACUGCUACGACGUCGAUGUAUAUGUGUAUAUUUCUGUACAUAACUUUAGGCUUUCUUUUACAAUCUAUAUAUGAGCGCCACAUUGUAUUUUCGUUCUCUUACUCGAUGAGUUAUCUUGCGACUUCCAGAUUAGGAUCGUGUUUUGAAAAUUAUCGUAAAGAUGUGUAACGUACAUUCACUUGGUCCAUCGAAAACGACUGAUUCAAGUGCUAUAGUAGGAAUCUCGUAGAAAGUAAAUUCAGAUUGUGAUAUCGAGGCUGUUAGCACAAUAGCAAGCCCCUUGAGAAUUCAGAAAGAAAAUUAUUACCAUCGCAUUGUGUAUUCGUCGAUACUUUUUAACAGAUCUACCGCAUGGUUCUCGUUUACUUUUUAACCGUGGGCGUUCUUUUUUUAUACUUCUACUAUAUAUUAUACUUAAAUUAUGAAUAUUUUGAUACCUUUUAUUAUUUUUUUAACCGUAGAUAUUUUAUAUGCUAGCCGUUAAGGUAUAUUUUAUUCCAUCAGUUUUAAUCCAUCAGCUAUCCGAUAAGCGCUAAUCGCGUUGUCUAUGUGUCGAUGGCUUGUAACAAUGUAACGUUCUUGUUAGAGACUCGCAGCUCGAGACUUCGUUAUUUUGUACUAUAUGACUAUUAUACACGUGUACCCGAAAUAGUAUUCGUAAAUUUUAUUCCCUCUCUCGCGGAGUAUAGAAAGCCAUUGCUUUUACGUUAUUAAAGUUUUAGAUGAAAUUUAUGAGAAAUCUUGUAGGGCAGCUUUUAGGAGCUUGACUUAGGCCGUAGAAGCUCAGCGCCGGCGUGUAAUACGAUGAAAGCUUGCAGCAGAUCCGUGUAAAUAAUCUCAGAUAUAGUGUCCUGUAAAUAGUAUUAAAAAACAAGCAGGAAAAAAUAUGAUCAAAAUAUGCCCUCUAGAAAUGAAAGAUUAUAUUAUAUGCAUAGAGUAUCCACGUUAUUAUUAUUAUUAUAUCAUAUUCUAUAACUAUCUAUACCGCCUGCGUCAACAGCAAGGAACAAAAUCAUGUAACAGCGUCAGCUUCUCUCAUCGUUCGGCCUAUAGAAUAGAUUGACGACCGAAUAAAGCGACGAGACGAAAGUGUGAACCGUCGUCGAAACUAUGUAUUAUCGAUCUUCAUCACAUAGAGAGAGCGAAGUAGCCAGGGACACAAUUCAGAGUUUGUAUAGACACACACACACAAACGUAUAUAUACAUAUAUUGUUAUAGUCGAGUGUGUAUAUCAAAGAGGCUCGCUGCGUGGAAGAGGAAAUAAAAAUUGUUAAAAACUCUCUCUUUUUUUCCUUCCUUUUUCAACGCAGAGAGCAGCCUUUGAGAGAGCCGGCGUACACAAUGGAGCCCCCCACUCGUUCUCUCUAUUUUUAAUCGAAUAUAAUUUCUCGAGUAUAUGGUCGACGCUUGUAUUCCUCCCUUUUCGUGCGUAUAGGGCGUGUAGGCUUUAAUGCGUGUGUAGAUUGUUAGCUACUUAUCGCGCGACGGGAAUAAAUAUAGCCGCUUCGCACGAAGGAACGCAUAAUAUUGUAUUUAUACUGAGAAUAUGACAGUUUAUUAAAGUGUCGAUUUUUAUUUAACUCA